AGAUAAUCAUUCUCAAAUUCAAAUGACAACUUCUUGUGAUUCAAUUUUAUUGUUCAAUUGAGAUUUUUUUGUUUGUACUGGGCGCAACUUUACCUACUAGUGCCUCAGAUUUUUAUACAGUCGGCAAGCUUAUGCCCCUAUAUAAAGAUCGUAUGAUUCUAAUGUGAUAUUCACCACAGACUGUUUUUCUUCCACCUCUUGGUCAUAGGCCAAAAUGGUGUCACCACAUCUAAUUCUAUGCAUAACUCUUCCCAUGCUUUUGUUAUUCCUCUUCCAAUAUCGCAGAGCGUUCAAGAACUCAACCCUUCCACCUGGUCCUAGAGGCCUUCCCAUAAUAGGGAAUCUUCAUCAGCUACAUAGUUCUUCUCUUUAUCUACAACUAUGGCAACUCUCAAAGAAAUACGGUCCUCUAUUUUCUCUUCAAUUAGGUUUAAGACCAGCCAUAGUUGUUUCCUCCCAUAAAUUGGCCAGAGAGGCAUUGAAAGACAACGACCUUGAGUUUAGUGGACGACCUAAAUUACUUGGCCAGCAGAAACUGUCCUACAAUGGGUUAGAGAUGAUAUUUUCCCCAUAUGGUGAGUUUUGGAGAGAAAUUAGAAAAAUUUGUGUUGUCCAUGUCCUUAGCUCAAGACGUGUCUCAAGAUUUUCCUCAAUAAGAAACUUUGAGGUCAAGCAAAUGAUUAAAAGAAUAUCCUUGCACGCCUCAUCUUCCAAAGUUACAAAUUUGAAUGAAGUGCUAAUGUCUCUUACUAGCACUGUUAUAUGUAGAAUUGCCUUUGGGAGAAGCUAUGAAGAUGAAGAAACCGAAAGGAGUAAGUUCCAUGGUAUGCUAAAUGAGUGUCAAGCCAUGUGGGGAACCUUGUUUAUCUCAGAUUAUAUUCCUUUCUUGGGUUGGAUUGAUAAACUGAGGGGACUGCAUGCACGUCUUGAACGGAAUUUCAAGGAGUUGGAUGAGUUCUACCAAGAAGUUAUUGAUGAACACAUGAAUCCUAAUAGAAAGACCACAAAGAAUGAGGAUAUAACAGAUGUGUUGCUUCAACUGAAGAAGCAGCGUUUGUAUUCCAUAGAUCUCACAAAUGAUCACAUCAAAGCGGUGCUCAUGGACAUGCUUGUGGCAGCAACGGAUACAACUGCAGCCACAACAGUGUGGGCUAUGACUGCUCUACUAAAGAAUCCAAGAGUAAUGAAGAAAGUUCAAGAAGAAAUUAGGACUUUGGGAGGUAAAAAAGAUUUUCUAGAUGAAGAUGAUAUUCAGAAAUUUCCCUAUUUCAAGGCUGUGAUAAAAGAGACACUGAGACUGUAUCUACCAGCACCGUUGCUGGUGCAAAGAGAAACAAAUGAAGCAUGUAUUAUAGAUUGUUAUGAAAUUCCAGCAAAAACAAUAGUCUAUGUGAAUGCUUGGGCUAUCCAUAGAGACCCUAAGGCUUGGAAAGACCCAGAUGAGUUUUUACCCGAGAGGUUCUUAGAUAAUACUAUAGAUUUUCGAGGUCAAGAUUUUGAGUUAAUUCCAUUUGGUGCUGGUCGUAGAAUAUGCCCUGGCAUGCCUAUGGCAAUUGCUUCAUUGGAUCUUAUUCUUGCUAAUCUUUUAAAUUCAUUUGAUUGGGAAUUGCCAGCAGGAAUGACAAAAGAAGACAUUGACACUGAAAUGUUGCCAGGACUUACUCAGCAUAAGAAGAACCCUCUUUAUGUUUUGGCCAAGUCUAGAAUCCAAAAUUAUGAUUAAUUAAAAAUGUACUGAUUCUGUUUGUACCCUGCCCAUAAGAAUAUAAGAUAGGUAAAUAAGGGUAGGUCGAUGUUAUCUCUUAGUGCACUCUACUUUUACCCUUUUCAUUGUGUGGUUCCUUUCCGUAUUACUUUUUCCCUCUUGUACGUCUUCAUUAUCUAUCUCUCUUACAAAAGUAGGUCUUCUUUUUAAUGACAAGCUUUGUAUAUUCCAUUUA